AUGGCUAUGGCUGUGGCUAUGUGGCUUUUAUCCUACAUCCUCAAGCUGUUCAACCCCACCCUGCUGGGUGCCGCUCCGGGGAAGACGGUCCACGGCAUGCAGGCUCAUAUCAGUGAGACGGGCUUCAACCUGGCUGUGACGGGACACAACACCUUCAACCUUCCUAGUCAGACGAGACAUUUGAUCGACACCCUGAGAGGUUAUGAGGGUCUGAACUUCGAGGAGGACUGGAAGCUGUUGACCAUCCUCAUGGGCAUGAAUGACAUCUGUGAUUACUGUAAAGAUAAGGCUCUAUUUUCAGUGGAUAACUUCAUUCACUAUAUCACCAUAUCCUUGGAAAUGCUCAUGAAUGAGGUUCCUCGUAUGAUCGUCAAUGUGGUUCAGAUCCUGCCCAUGCAGACCCUGAGGGAGGUGCAGAAGCCCACACCGGGGUGCCGGCUCCAAAGGUCUUUCUGCUCGUGCCUAAUAGAGCCAGCAGCCCGGUCUGAGGAGCUACGGGAGCUGGUAGAAGUCAAUCUGGAGUUCCAGAAGAGGCUUGAGUUGCUGCUGUUCAGUGACCGGUUCUUCAAGGACGACUUCGCCGUGGUUCUUCAGCCCUUUCUGAAACACGCUGACCCCCCCCGCCUCCCGAACGGGAAGAUCGAUAUGACCUUCUUCACUCACGACUGCUUUCACUUCACCAUUAAGGGACACGAAGAGCUGGCGAAGGGACUGUGGAACAACAUGUUUCAGCCAGAGGGGGGAAAGAUGAUCGUGAGCAGCUUCUCCGACCCCAUCAGUCUCAUCUGUCCUCCCAUGGAGCACCCGUACAUGUUCACCCGGCCCCUGGCAGCCCGCUCCGGUCACCCCCCCCUGCAGUCUGCCACUCUCUCGCAGGCAGCCCUCCUCCUCCUCCUGCUGCUCCUCACAGCUCUGGCAUGUCUCCCGGUUGUGUAGCUUUCACUUUUCUGGACUGUUUUCCAGCCUGCCCGUGCUGCGUUGGUUGCUGUUGGGGUUUCAGAGCGAUACAUAUGCAAAGUAGAGUUGGUCAGCCAGACUUUGCAACUGAAUACUGAAUAUUAUUAUAUUUUAUUGGCAUGUUGAGACUGUUGUAGGUGAGAAGCUUUCUUUGGAUGGAUCUGUUGCUGGAAGAAAAACAUAUUUGAUAUUCUAUAUGAUUUAUCAGUCCAAACACACUAACUGAGGGGAUGGGGUGGUCCUCAGUUUUCCCCUCAUUGGAAUAAUAAACUCUAGGUGUAUUUUUAAGCAACGGUCUGGCUAGUACAGUAGUUGCUUUGAAUACACUGUAUCACCUAAUAUAAGUUGCAGAUUUUGUAAAGAAGCAUGUAGAUGAAUAUUUUGUGAAGUUUGUACAUUCAUUAAUAAAACUAAUCAGAUUUUGACCAAAAUGUUUUUGAAAGUGUUUUUUUGUGUAGGAAUCGUGAAUUAUUUUAGAAUGACAUUUCUCAGAUACAUUGUUCUUAUAUUAACAGAGCUUGUUCUGUUUACUCUUGUUGAAUUGCAAAUAAAAAGGUUGGAAUUUCAGACAAAAUGACAAAA